AUGCGACGCGAGGCCCAGGUUGAUGGGAAUGUUGUUCGGACCAGGUUUACAUUACCUGAGCGGAAGAAGGCUUCAUCGCCCCCUAGGACUAGUGCUCCUUCAAGAAGAGAUGCUCCUAAAUCUGAUACUGAUGGUGCUGAUGUUGAAACAGAUGGACCAAAGCGGCAGAGAGAAUCAUCUCCCCGUAGGAAACCUCUUUCACCAUCACAGAGGAGAUCUUCUGUAGCACGAAGAGGAUCUCCAAGACGAAACCCAGAUUCUCCUCCUCGUCGACUUGCAGACUCUCCUGUUCGUCGUCGAGCACAGUCUCCUUAUAGACGUCAUGAUUCACCACCUCCCAGAAGGAGGCCUGCAUCUCCUGCCAGAGGUCGUUCACCCUCCUCUCCACCCAGGCGGAAUAGAUCUCCCAGGGCCUCUCCCCGAAGGAUGCGCGGUAGUCCAGUUAGACGACGUUCUCCCCUUCCUCCAAGGCGCCGUUCACCUAGACGAGCUCGAAGUCCACCCAGAAGGUCUCCAAUACAUAGGCGAAGCCGCUCCCCUCUUCGAAGGCCUGCUCGUUCUUAUUCAAGAUCGAUCUCUCCUCAGAGGUAACAUGUGAAUGUGCGGAUUGUGAUGUGCUCUUUCAUUUUGUGUUAAUUCUUUUUGAUUUUCCCACCUUAUUUGAAACAUGUGAGACUUUAGCUUAGUAUUUGAAAUUGAAUUUGUUGUUAUAUUUUAUCUCCGUUUGCCAAGCAUUUAUGUGAAGAGAUAGGGGAGGUGGGUUGGAAGGCCUUCGGUUAACGUGACUCAACAUAAUUUUAGUUUUUAUUGUUGAGUGUGAGAAGGUGGGAAAUGAUGGAUAAGAUUUUGUAUAUAUUUGUUCUGAGUUUCACUUAAAUAAUUUGUUUUUGGUUGGGUAGUUUUGAUUUGAACUAGGAACAAAUUUUGGCUGGUUAAAGAUGGGCUUGCUGGUUUAAUUGUCUUAAAGCAUGUGUAAUCUAUCCUCUUCAUUUUCCCAUCUUUGCCUUGGUCCUAAGGACAGCUGCACAUUCCUACUUAAUGUCAAAGACAUCUCAAUGCAGGUUUGGAGGCACACAGAUUUGCAUCUGCUGUAAAUUAAACAAACGGAGAAUGACUAUUAUAAGCAACUUUCAGUGCAUAAUUAAACUGAUGACUAUUAUGGUACAUGAUUUUUUUUUUUUUGGGGAGGGGGGG